AUGGAUCCACCACCUCCAACUACUGACUCAACUGGUGAAGCUCACAUAACUCCCGCAGCGAACCCAACUCCAACUAAUAAAGCCCCCGCCCACAAUCACCCAACUUAUGCUGAGAUGAUAAUGGCGGCAAUUGGGGCUUUGAAGGAGAGAAAUGGGUCGAGCAAAAGGGCCAUAGCUAAGUACAUAGAGAGUCGGUAUUCGAACCUGCCACCCACUCACUCGGCGCUGUUGACUCACCAUAUGAAACGGUUGAAGAACAAUGGUCAGGUACUCAUGGUGAAGAACUCUUACAAGCUUCCUAGAUCUACUAGUGUACCUGUUACUGCAAAUGGAAACGGUAAUUCCAUUUCUGAUCCUGCUUCUGUUGGGCCCAAAAGACGGCCCGGUCGUCCCCCCAAGUAUGCUAAAGCUGCAGUGCCCAAUGUUAUACCUGUUUUUGCUCCUGAAUCACAACAGGCCAUGCCAGUGACAAAUGACGUACCCAUUGUUGUUCCGGGGACUGAAUUGAACAUGGCUAUUGGACCAGGGUCUGUGUAUGUUUCUGUUGGGUCGGUAAAUGGUGACGCUUAUGGUGCUGGAGAUGGAAAGAAAAGAGGCCGCGGCCGUCCGCCUAAGCAGGGUGAGCCGAACCAGGGUGGACUAAAGAAGGGACCUGGUCAUCCGCUAAAGAGUUUGGGGCCUAGGUCAGGUAGUGUUGAGAGGCCGAGAGGGAGGCCAAAGAGCGAUUCUUAUUCUUCUGCUGCUGUUGUGACUGGGACGACUGCUCGAGGACGGCCAAAGAAGACGGUUACAGCUGCUGGUGUGGUGAAGGGGGCCGGGAGGCCACGUGGAAGGCCACCAAAGCCUAGGGAUGUGGUAGCUGGGAUUGCUCCACCUGCGGCCAUCGGUGGAAUUGUAGCACCUGUUGCUGUGAGGAUGCCUACUGGUGCAACAAUAGUGGUAGAUUCUGGGGGAGUUGCACUGGCGGCACGGAAGCGGCCUGGACGACCACCAAAGGCAGGUGGAGAGGCGAAGAAAUCAUUGAAGCAGCCUACGAUGAAGCUCAAAAAGCUCAGAAAGCUAUCUGGAAAACCUUUGGGGAGGCCCAAGAAGGAUGCAUCGCAUACAGUGACUCAAGCUCCCAACUUCCAACAGCUAGUGGCCUAUAAUGAUCUUAAAGGCAAACUUGGACAUUUGCAAUCAAGAAUCAAGCCAAUAGUGAGUGUGAUAAAACCAUUUUUAAACAAUGCAACUGCAAUAAGUGCAUUAGAAGAGCUAGAAACACUGGCGUCAUUGAACGUAAAUGCAACUACAAAUGUUCAAGGCAUGCCACCUCAGCCACAACAGCCUCAGACCGAAAGUUGA